AUGGAGCCUACAGCGAGUGCUCUUUCAUCUAUAGCAAAUUUAGUGAAAACGAUAGUAGGAGCUGGCACUCUAGCCAUUCCGUACAGUUUCAAAAGUGAUGGGGUUCUGAUCGGGAUUCUUUUGAUAGUAUUAGCUGCAGUAACGUCUGGAUUGGGCCUAUUCGUGUUGUCCAAAUGUUCCAAAACGCUGAUUAAUCCGAGAAACUCUUCUUUUUUCACCUUAUGCAUGCUCACCUACCCCACCUUAGCUCCGAUCUUCGAUCUAGCAAUGAUCGUCCAAUGUUUUGGUGUUGGGCUAAGUUAUUUGGUUCUUAUCGGCGAUCUCUUCCCAGGGCUAUUUGGCGGUGAAAGAAACUAUUGGAUAAUUGCAUCUACAGCGGUCAUUAUACCCUUAUGUUUAGUGAAGAAAUUAGAUCAAUUGAAAUAUUCUAGUAUUCUGGGUCUUUUUGCCUUGGCUUACAUAUCACUUUUCAUCUUCAGUCACUUUGUGUUUGACCUGGGCAAAGGCAAGCUAACAGAUGUGUUAGAAAACGACAUAUGCUGGUGGAAAAUCCACGAUAUCAAAGGAUUAUUGUCAACUUUCAGUAUYAUAAUCUUUGCGUAUACCGGAUCAAUGAAUCUAUUCCCUAUGAUAAAUGAGCUAAAGGACAACAGCAUGGAAAACAUCACCUUGGUAAUUAAUAAUUCGAUAACUUUGUCAACUAUACUAUUUCUGACUGUUGGUUUAUGUGGCUAUUUAACCUUUGGCAAUAAGACUUCGGGUAAUUUGAUGUUAAAUUACGACCCUAACUCAAUUUGGAUAGUAAUUGGUAAAUUUUGUCUAGGAUCCAUGCUAAUCCUAUCAUUUCCACUUUUAUUCCAGCCAUUACGCGUAGCAGUUAACAACGUUAUAAUCUGGCUCGAAAUCACUUUUGGCAAUGCUGAUCCAAAUGAGGACACGCAAGUUUCCGAAUACACCCGAACUUCUAACCUAAGACCGAUUAGUAUGACUGUCGACGAUCCAACCCAAUCUAAUGCGUUGGCUACCGAUGCAACUUCGUAUGAUGAACAGGAUCGUUUACUCCCAAAUGGAAACCUCGACAAUGGCUCAAUAGAAAUCCAAGGACAUGAUGGAGGCACUAUGGCAGUCCCUGUAGAUAAUGAACAUCACGCACCAUUUGUUAAGUCUAGAUUCUACUGGAUCACAGCAGUGUUGUUGAUAAGUAUGUACACUCUAGCAUUAUCCGUCCAGUCGUUUGCAUUGGUUCUUUCAUUAGUAGGAGCCACAGGUUCAACGUCGAUUUCAUUCACUCUACCUGGUUUAUUUGGAUACAAGUUAAUUGGUUCUGACUCGUUAGCUGUCGGGAAAAUGAUCCCACCAAGAGAUAGAUUUUACAAAAGAUGUAGCUUGUUGUUGGUAUUUUACGGGUUAUCUGUCAUGUUUUUAUCCUUAUACGUAACUUUAUUCAAUGCUCCAGACAAUGCCUAA